AGGCAGUAACAAAACUAGAGUCGCCCGCAACACCCGCCGCGCACACGCAAUCAACCGUCGCACGCGCAACUGAACACUCGCCCCCGAUAAACGAUUACCGUGCUACUAGUGAAACAAAAAAAAAAUUAAAAAAAAUAAAAAUCUUUACGCAAACUCAGCAAAUAGUAAUUCCAUAAAAAUUGUUCUCGUUUUAAAGUAUGUUAAAAAACAAAUGAACGAUAAAGUGGUAAACUGUUGUCAAAAUGACGUUACGGGUCGAAGUGCCCGGAGAAAAGAUCGUGAGUGUGGAACCAUGCAAGUGCAACAAACAAUACGGCACCGAGCUCAAGAAAACGGAAACGAGAUUGAGCAAAAGACUGAAACAAUUCCUUAAAGAGUCCUGGGCUUUUAGGUCGAAAGUUACAGUGGAACCUUUUGUUAUUUGUUACGUGUUGCCUAGUGUACUCGCCGGGUUGGCUGUCCAAAAUCUGUGCUUAGAGAAAUCAUGCCUAGUAAAUCUGCAAUACGACGAGCGAACCUGCACGCAUAUAAUGCAGGGUCGCACGCACAAUUAUUCGGAACAAGAGAAAAAUGUACAAACCAUGGUCGCUUCGAUGACCGCUUGGAGCUUCCCAUUGCAAACAGCUCUGCCGGGAAUACUAACACUCUUCUUAGGAGCAUGGAGCGAUCGAACAGGAAAUCGGAAAGCGUUUAUGGUAUUACCUAUCCUAGGGAAAUUGAUAUCAGCCAUUGGCAUAAUUCUGAGUACGGUGUUCUUCCUACAAGUUGGAUUGAACGAAACCGCGCUGAUCGAAGGGCUGCCGCCUGCCCUGGCGGGCGGUCGCGUCGCCAUGACCAUGGCCGUCUACAGUUACAUCACCGACAUCACUAGUGAUUCGGAGAGGACUUUCCGUUUAGGGAUUAUAACAGCCAUAUUAACACUAAGCAGGCCUAUAGGAAUGGCGCUCAGUGGUAUAAUGGCGCGUCGGUUCGGAUACUACGGUGUUUUCAUGGUAGCAUGUGUAUUCUAUUUGUUCGGAUUUGUUUACAUCCUCAUAAGACUUAAAGAGAAACCAAAAAAGACGAAAGAAGUAGAGAGCGAUAAAACACCGAGUAUCCUCUCGGUGCUUUCCGUGAAGGAUUUCGUGGCGACAGUGAAUGUGGCGUUCAAAGUGCGCGAAGGUUCACGCAGAGUACAAAUUAUCCUAAUCAUGUUUGCAUACAUGUUCAUCGUUGGACCCGUAUUAGGUGAGGCGCAGAUGACGUACUGGUUCACUCGGUACAAGUUCAAAUUCACCGAGGUGGACUACAGUUUAUUCCUCACUUACUCCGUCCUUGUUGGCAGUGUUGGUUCCUUCAUAACAAUAUAUUUGUUCAGCAAAAGAUGGAACAUUGAAGACAGCAUCAUCGGUGUGAUCGCGUGCCUGAGUAGGAUUGCUGCUAGCGUGGUGUAUGCCAUGGCCCCAACCAGGACCAUAUACUUUCUGGGCCCAGUGCUGGACAUGUUCAGCUCAGCUGGUGCCACCUCUCUACGAUCAAUUGCUACCAAGUUGGUGAAUGCUGAUGAAGUCGGCAAAACAAGCUCUCUAAUAAGUAUAUCUGAGGCCCUGGUACCGGUGAUUUAUUCCCCGGUCUACAGCAAGGUGUACCUCUCAACCCUUUCCACGAUGCCUGGUGCGUUCUACCUCAUCAGCGCCUCACUCGCCGUUCCUGCCAUAGCCAUAUAUUUAGCACUUUUCACUCUUCGAAGAAAAGAUGAGCGUGAACAAGCAGCGCUCGAAGCGAAGCCGAAGGAAAACGAAGUCACCCGUUUUUGAUAAAUAUUUAUUAUUGUUAAGCGUUAUUAUUAUUAUUAGUAAUUUUAGUUAUAUUGUGAAAAAUCUCAAUAAAAUUAAGGUUUGUAUAGAAUCGUGUGUAUUUUAAUUCAACACACAUACCUGAACGAAUGCAUAUGUGUAAUAAAAUAAAUAAUAAAUAUACGUUAAGAAGAAAA